AGCUCGGAAGCAUUUCAGAAAGGUGGCCGGAAAGGGGCAAAGAGAGUAAUGAUUGUCAUCACAGAUGGAGAGUCACACGACAGCCCAGACCUGGAGAAGGUGAUUGAGGACAGCGAGAAGGACAACGUCACCAGAUAUGCAGUGGCUGUACUGGGUUAUUAUAACAGAAGAGGAAUCAAUCCUGAAGCCUUUUUGAACGAGAUCAAGUUCAUAGCGAGCGACCCAGAUGACAAACAUUUCUUUAAUGUCACAGAUGAAGCAGCUCUCAAAGACAUUGUGGAUGCACUGGGGGAAAGGAUAUUUAGCUUGGAAGGAACCAACAAGAACGAAAUCUCCUUUGGCCUGGAAAUGUCCCAGACUGGAUUUUCAUCGCAUGUUGUGGAAGAUGGGAUCUUGCUGGGGGCAGUGGGUGCCUACGACUGGAACGGGGCUGUCCUGAAGGAAACCAGCAGUGGGAAGGUCAUUCCCCUGAGGGAGUCUUACCUCCAGGAGUUCCCAGAGGAGCUGAAGAACCACGGAGCCUAUUUAGGUUACACCGUCUCCUCCGUCACGUCCCCCACGCGCGAGCGGAUCUACGUGGCCGGGGCGCCCCGGUUCAACCACACGGGGAAGGUCAUCCUCUUCAGCAUGCACAGCAACAGGAACCUCUCCAUCCACCAGGCGCUGAAGGGCGAGCAGGCAGGAGCUUUCUUCCCAUCCCCUCCUUCUGUCUCCUCCAGAUUGGCUGGCAGCGAGAUCAACUCCCUCGACGUCAACGGCGACGGGGUCACGGACGUGCUGCUGGUGGGAGCCCCCAUGUUCUUCAGCGAGGGCAGGGAGAGGGGGAAGGUCUAUGUCUACACCCUCAGGGAGAACCGCUUCGUUCCCAGCGGUGCCCUGGUGGACCUGCAGAGCUACCAGAACUCCCGCUUCGGCUCCUGCAUCGCCGCCGUGCCUGACCUCAACCAGGACUCCUACAACGACCUGGUCGUGGGGGCACCUCUGGAGGAUGAGCACCAAGGAGCAAUAUAUAUCUUCCUCGGCUUCAAAGAGACCAUCCUGAAGAAGUACAAGCAGAGGAUAGCAGCUGCCGACCUCGCGCCGGGCCUGAGGUAUUUUGGAUGCAGCAUCCAUGGACAGCUGGACCUGAAUGAAGAUGGGCUCGUGGACCUGGCCGUGGGCUCUCUGGGGAACGCCGUGCUGCUGUGGUCCCGCAGCGUGGUCCAGAUCAACGCCAGCCUCCGCUUCGAGCCCUCCAAAAUCAACAUCUUCACCAAGGACUGCAAGAGGAACGGCAAGGAUGCCACCUGCAUGUCAGCCUUCGUCUGCUUCACCGCCGUCUUCCUCUCGCCUCACUUCCGGGCAGCCAGCGUGGGGCUGCAGUACGAGGUGAGCAUCGACGAGCGCAGGUACACGCCACGGGCCCACCUGGACCAGAGUGCUGAGAGACACACACAGAGGGGGCUGGUGCUGCUGGCCGGCCAGGAGCACUGCGACAGGCUCCACUUCCACGUCCUGGACACAGCUGACUAUGUGAAGCCGGUGACAUUCUCCAUCGACUAUGAGCUGGAGCAUCUCGAGGAUGGCCCCAUGCUGGAUGAUGGCUGGCCCACCUCGCUCAAGGUCUCGGUACCUUUCUGGAACGGGUGCAAUGAGGAUGAGCACUGUGUCCCUGAUCUGGUCCUGGAUGCCAGAAGCGAUGUGCCCACUGCCAUGGAGUAUUGCCGGCGGGCUCUGCGGAGGGCUCCCUCAGACUGCUCAGCCUUUAGCCUCGCCUUCGACACCUCCAUCUUCAUCAUGGAGAGCAGCAGGAGGAGGGUGGCCGUGGAAGCUGUGCUGGAGAACCGAGGGGAAAACGCCUACAGCACGGUCCUCAACAUCUCCUUCUCCAGGAACCUCCAGUUCGCCAGCUUGAUCCCCAAGGAUGACACAGACAUCAACAUUGACUGCAUGACUGAAGAGAAGAACCCCAACAAGAAAGUGUGCAAUGUGAGCUACCCAUUCUUCCGAGCCAGGGCCAAGGUGGCUUUUCGCCUGGAUUUUGAAUUCAGCAAGUCAAUCUUCCUUCAAAGCAUGGAGAUCUACUUGAUCGCCAGCAGUGACAGCGAGGAGAAGGAGAGCACCAAGGAGGACAACUUUGCCCACCUGAAUUAUCACUUGAAGUAUGAAGCCGACCUGCUCUUCACCAGGGCAUCGAGCCUGGACUACUAUGAGCUGAGGUGGAACAGCUCCCUGGAGAGAUACAACAGCAUGGGGCCCCCCUUUCACUGCACCUUCAAGCUGCAGAACCUGGGCUUCUUCCCCGUGGAGGGGGUGACCAUCAAGCUCACCAUCCCCGUGGCCACCCGGGCGGGCAACCGCCUCCUGCUGCUGACCGAAUUCCUGGUGGACCAGGCCUCCACCAGGCUGGGUGCUUUGGGGAACAGCACAGACUACCGGUGGGCACCCGCCGAGGAGGACCUCACCAGGACCCCCCACCUGAACCACAGCAACUCCGACGUGGUUGCCAUCGACUGCCACGUGAAGCUGGCCCCCAACGAGGAGAUGAACUUGCACUUGCGUGGCAACCUGUGGAUGAAGUCUCUGAAAGCACUGAAGUUCAAGUCACUGAAGCUCACCACGACGGCCGCUCUCCAGCGGCGCUUCGGGAGCCCCUUCAUCUUCCGUGAGGAGGACCCCAGCCGCCAGAUCACAUUUGAGAUCUCCAAGCCAGAGGAGUCCCAGAUCCCCAUCUGGAUCAUCCUGGGGAGCACCUUAGGAGGUCUCCUGCUCCUGGCCCUCCUCGUCCUCGUGCUCUGGAAG